AUGAGGUAUAGUACAGCUGCAAGAUGGGCUGCCCUUAGCAUUGUAGGGAAUCUUUAUAUUGAAUUUGGGCAAAAAAUCCCGUCGCCUCCUACAGAUGAUUUUAUUGAACUUUCCAAAAGAAUUUAUAAAGGAAAUGAUAACCAGCUAAAAAUAGCGAAUUUGAAAACCCUUAUUGAUAUCACAAAAGCAAGGCCAGGUAAUUUAUCAGGAUCUACAAUGCAGGAAUGCAUAAAAGUCCUGAUUAGAUAUGGAAAUGAAAAAUUUAAAGAAAUAAAAAUCAGAAGUGCAAAAGCAUUGAGAAAUAUAGUAAGUAAAUCUCCAAAUUCUGUAUUAACUAUAUAUGAGCAUUUGGCUCAGACGUGUAUAAAAGGUAUGGAAGAAAACACUGAUAGUGUUUUUUAUAGUUUACUAGGUGAAUUGUUUGCUUUACAAAUUGAUCCAAAAUUUGACUGAAAAACUUGUUCCCCAAGCCGCAGAAAUAUGGAAACUUAUCCAAAAUCUAUAAUGGAUGCAAUAUUUUACGUAACUCAAUAUUAUUCAAAAAAUAGUCAACAUGAGGUAAAAGUUGGAUUGAUUAAAGCACUGGAUAUUGCCUUAAAAAAAUUCCUUAAAGAUUCUCUUCACAGUACCAGCGAUAUAAAUACAUUCUUAGAAAACAUUAUUGGAAUCCCAAGGCUUAGUAUCGGAAAUGACUAUGAUAAUUGAGAGAGAGAGUUAUAUUAGAGGGGAUUAACAGGGAUUAUUUCAGCCCCUAGCCAGUCGAGCUUCAGCUUCACGCUUCAUGUGGCGCCAAUCACUAAAGCCACCUAACGCCCUUUUCUGUCGACGUCAUCAAAAAUGGUGACGUCGACAUCUUUCGGGGAGACUCACCCGAACCUGCUGGACCAAAAAUUGCGCCAAUGGACUCUCUUAACCCCUGGUAGUGCUCAGGGUAUGAGGGGAUCGUCCACAGCCUCCUUCUGGAACUACCUCCGCCAUUUACAGGCAGCCUAAUGCUCCUCCAGAAGUGCUUGCUUGGUAUUGCGCCGUCGGUCUUUCGUCUGUGGGUCGAGAGGAGGCCGGUCAGCCCAACCCCACACCCCACCCCGCAAAAUCUGCCAUCGCAACUCCGUGGCCCUUCGGGGCCACCGUUUUUUUUUUAUUUUCGGUGACCCAGAAUUCUGGUUUUUUCUUUUCCUCUGUUGUCCCAAAUGCCCGGUAAGGGUUCCCGGCCAUGAUGGCCUAUUUUAUCUAUGAUAAUUGAAGAAUCGGUGAAAAUUUGACAUGGCUACUUUAUAAAUGCAUUGCGUUUUAUUUAUCAGUUCGUCAAGUGACUGCUGCUUUAUCAUAUAUCCUCAAUAAAUUGACAGAACUAAAAUCCCAGGUCCAUGAUUCAGGAGUAAUUGAAAUGGAGACAUCAUCAAAACGAUUUACUGACCCUUUAAUAGAAAUCCAAGUAACAGUUUUAUUGUCAACUUUAUCAUUAAUUUUUUCACGUGUAAUCCCAGAGCGUGAUUUGCCACCACAUGGUGAAAAUCUAUACAAGCCAAUAUUGUGCUAUCUCUCAUGUGCUAGGCUUUCUAAGACAGCUAGUCGAGUUUUGGGAUCUUUGACUUAUAAGUACCCAUCAAUCCAUUUCCAGCUAUUGCACUUAUUGCUAACUUACACCACAAUUGCACAUGCUGAGCUUGCAGGUUUAAAGCCAGAGCAAUGCACCAAAGAGUCUUUCCAAGACUGCAUGAAUUCUUUGUUAGGGAACUCUUUAGCUUUGGCAACCAUUAUAAAAUGCUCACCAGCUGUGAACCGAGGAAUUCCUAAUGAAAUUUCAUCAACUGUAUUGAAUACAGUGAAAGCUAUGAUUUCUGGCGAAUAUCAAGGAGAAGUUGUUGAUGAUGAAAAUGUGUUUAAAGAUGAAGGUCUUGCACAUGAAAUUAAUAAUGUUAAAAGAGAAGCAGGUUGGAUACUAGUAGAAGCACUCAUGCACCUUGGACCAAGUUGGGUCGGUGGGUGCUUGACUUCGAUAUUUUCACUAUGAAAAUUACCGUUUGGGAGACAAUCCUGUAUUAUCGAAGAAAAUAUCCCAGUUCAUAAACUUGUAAGCGAAGUUAUCCAUAAAAGAGCAGCCAGUAGCAGCUUGCUGGCUUUCAUAAAAAAUAAUACCUCACUUCUAAAUCCACAAAUUUUUAAACUGAUUUCAGUGUUUCUGGCAAAUGCUCUGCAGUUUGUAUGCCCUCAGAAAAAAUCAACAGUAAGAAAACAGCUCUUAGACCAGCAUUGCCAGCAAGGAGAUUUAAUUUUACUGAAAAAGAACUUAUUUGAGUGUUUAAAGUAUGUAUCAACACAAUAUCUAGCAAAUAAAAUUCCUUUAUUAUUACAUCCUAUAUGCUCAGAAAUAGUCAGUGAUAAAAUCAAUUCAUUUCCUUCAAUACAUGAAGAAUGGCUAAGCCCUGAAGACCAUUACUUAAAUCUUAAGAAAUCUCCUCAUCCUUUAUUUGAAUUAAGUCAGAACUGCUAUCAAGAAUACUUAUCUGAUAAUUUGUUAUGAAAGCCUUAUCAAGAUAAAAAUCAAGAAAAUAUCCCAAAAGGAGCCCAUCAUCAAGAUAUGAUAAACACAGCGCUCAUUGUGUUUUCAGAGAUUUUCACAUCCCCAAAUUUCAAUGUUUCGAAUCGACAAAAGCUAUUUAAAUAUCUUUCUCAGCACCUAUCAAAUUCAUUAAAGCUCAAAGAAAAUUCAGUUCAUAAGUAUUUGAAAAUGACAACUAUUUUAUUAGCGACUUUAGGAGCACUAAGGAAAUUAGCAUUAGCAAGAGCCGUUAUCACUGACUCAGAAUUGAUAACAAGCAUAAGAGCCAUGUUUGACUCUGUAGAAUCCAUAUCUCACCAGCUUGUAAAGCGAAUUUAUGCUGAAGGGAUGAUUUAUCUAUGCAAAGUUAUGGCAGAUCCCCAACAAAUCCCAGUUUUCAUCAAAGAAGUCGAGCAUAGAAUUAUCCUAUCAGAGCAUAACCCAGGGGUAAAAAGCGCAAUAGUUUUAUUAGUAGCUGGGAUGUAUAAGCAUUUUGACAUAGCCUUAAUGGAAAAAAAUCAGUUAUCGCUUGGCCAUAUAAUUCAAAGCAUUUCAAGAGAUGCAGAAGUUGGAGGAUGGGCAAUUCAUGCACUUUAUAAAAUAUAUAAUUUAUGUGGACAUCGAGUAGAAGCUAUCAUCAAGGCAACUUUUCCUCUAGGAUUUCACCAUUAUUUGGAUUUCCAAGGGAGUGGGUUUAAUUUUAGGGAAAGCAUGCUAAUGCUGUGCAUGAAAUAUUUGCAGCUAAAUGAAGCUACCCAAGAUUUACUUUAUUUGAGAUCAGAAAUGGUGUGGGAAGAUAGAUGGGAAGCAAGCAGUUACGGGCUAGAAUGCAGCAGCUCACUUAUACAGAAUAAUGUAAAACUAGAUUUCAAUAGAGUUUUUGAAGUUGCUAUUGCAAAACUGCCAAGUCAAGACGCAGUGGAUUACUUCCUUGAUUUGCUGAGUUUUGGCUAUGGGGCGUAUUUUUUGGUUCUUGCAGAAAAUUUGAUAUAUGAGUUGUUUAUAGUUUUCGAUGAGUGAGACAGCUGGAAAAAUAAAGAAGAAUUAAAAAAAUUUGAAGAAGUAAUUGAAAGUCUACUUAUCAUUGAAGCAAAUAAAAAUAUGCAAAAAUCAAUAGAAAUGUUGAAAGCAAUAAUUACAAGUGUCGAAGCUGAAACUGCAAAAGAAGAAGCGCAUGGUCUUUCGUCUCAUGAUGAUAGAGAAACUACGAAAAUUUCAAUCUACAAGCAUCAUUUUACUCAUUAUUCUAAAACUUUGGCCUUAAAGUUUCUGAUAUUUUUGAUUUCCACUUACCCAAAUGCUUUGCCAGUAGAAGAAUUAAUCAACCUUGGCUGCCAUUUAGCCUCAACUGAGUCAGAAUCUCUUAAAAUUUUAGGUCUAAAACUAAUAAGGAAAAUUUACAAGGUUUGUGGACAUAUAAAAGAUGAUGAAGACCCAAAUAAACUUAUGAUAGAGCUGUAUGAAGCCCAAGUAAGCGCCAUAAUUCGAGAAUGUAUUAAUUCAAAGAAUAUCAAUAUAGAAAUUCAAGCAAAUAAACUUUUAUUGCAAUUUUUAAUUACUCCAGGAACACAAGAGACUUCUGUUGUUAAUAAAAUUCUUGCGCCUUUGGUAUCUGGACUUAGCGAAACUCCAAAAAGUAAUUUUUAUUUAGUUGCCCAAGUGGAGGGGUAUAGCGACCAUACAUGUGCAAAAUUAUUUUUAUCAAAAUUAGUUAUCCCUUUUAAUCAAGAAGCCAGCUUUAAAUUUAAAGGUCACAGCCAUUAUUUUUUAGAAAAUUAAUUAUAUAAUAAAUUUUGGAAAGAAAAUUAAAAUAAAGAAAAAUACUCUGUCAAAACUACUAUUAGACACUCCACACUUUAUUCAAAGUUUGCUAUUAGCGUAAUUUCUUAUUUAGCCAAAAAUCCCUUCUGAUUGCAAAUUUAAAUGCAAUUGUCACUGAUAUGAGUGUCAUUUUUACACAGCCAAAACUAACACUUAAAUCAUAUGAAUUUGUUUUAGGUCAUCAAGUCGUUGACCAAGAUCAUCCCAAAAUGGGCAAGAUUGAAGUUUUGGUAUAUGCCUUAGCUUAUUUAGCUGAUUCUGAGUCACCUUAUCUAGCAAUGCUUAUUGCAGAUAUUUAUAUUUUUUUAUUUUUACCAUACAAUGCAAGUAGAGAAUCAGCGCAGUUUAAAAAUCAAUUAGAAGUCGAUUACUUCAUGCAUCGUCGCAAGCAGAUACUUAAGGCUUUGCAGUUAAUCAUAAGCUAUAUUAAGGACUCUCGAGUAAUUAAAGAAGUCAUAAGUGGAUUGGAGCUGUGUGCAAAAGUUCCUGACAUAGAGCACAAAAAAAUAGUAUUGAAAAUUUGUAGUGGAAUUUGUAGUGAUGACGCAGAAAAUGUAAAAACAAUAGAAAAAUUAAUAACAGUUAUAAAAGAAAUGCACAAAGAAAUAGAAAAAGAGUGUAUGGAGUCAUGAAGCUGGUGCGCGAUACAGUACUCAGAGAUUCUCCAAAAUGAAGGGCUAGAUGAGCAUACUGAUGUAACUCAGUACAUGAAAAAUAUGGCAAUAUUUUUUGAAGAAGCUAUCAAAGGAAAUUAUAUUGAAAUUGUAAAGGAGACUAUUGAAAAAAUAUGAACUCAGGCAGAGACUUUUGAGGACUUUAAGGGAAAAAUUGCAAAUAAAGUGAUUGCGAGUUUAAUAAAGAUUGAAAACUAUGAAGUUGUGAUAGAUUUUCUUGUGAAAAGAAAUAUUGAAGAUUUAUCAUAUUUUUCAGGAGCAAUUAAUGAAUUAGGAGAAAUUUUAAGGGAAUUUUCUCAAAGAUCAAUAAAAAUCACCUCUCAUUUAUCACAAUUUAUAGCGACCUCUCCGCCUGUUUUACCUCAUUUAAUUCCUCAUAUAUUUUCAAUAUUCCAAUUAAAGAAAAAUUCAGAGUUUUCUACUUAUGAAACAAACAUGCAAAGCGAAGCAUUAAAAAUAUUGCUUUUACUCUUCAAAAAUAGCCCAGAUAAGAACAAAGCACUCCGCUCAAUCAUCCCUAUGAUUCUAUCUCUAUAUUCCUCACAAACAACACUGCCACUAAUAAAAACUGUAACAAAAGCCCUCCAGCAUCUAGCAGCAACAUGCUCAGCAGCAUUUAAAGAAAUUAUUUUAAGCUUGCCAGACCACGAAAAAAAGUUCUUGGAGAAACAACUCAUAUCUUCUCAACAAGUCGGGCCUGCUGUUGCCAGCUCCCAGCCAACCAUAACAUUGCAAUUAAAGCUUAAAAAGCCAUAA